AUGCGGUUCUCAAAAUCUGGUCGCCCUCAACGCCGACAGCAGACAUCUGGCACCCCUGUAACAGCAGCAAACCGUGGCAUACCUGGCCCGAAAAAUUCAGAACAAAUUUACUCUCCAACCAAUUUAUGGGUUCCAAGUGACAUCAGUCAGGCUGCAAACUUGGGUCGCAUGACAACUCAUGGUCGUUCGGCUCCGGGGAAGCUUAACAACGUGCCUCACCUAAUUCCUAUUCCACUCUAUGGGUCAGUACCCCAGACUUCUCCCUUAUCGCCUUCAUUUCUUUCAGCUGUUGGAUAUCCCCUCUUGAUGAUAUAUCCGACGGGACCUUUAUCGGCACCAGCAACAUCAGGAGUUUCUGAUCCUGUUUACGAUUAUUCGGUUAACUGUCAAACAUCACAUUCAUCAUCAGUUGGUGUUUCAAGUGUAUCACAACAACGGUCAACUGAUUCAUCAGAAUCUAACCGUAUAGAACCUCAAGUUUUCAGUCCACCUUUAGGUACUGAUUUAAACAAUGUUUUCUCUUCCUUAUUUCCGGGAACAGCCAUCGCCCAACCUGCUAGUUUGUGUUUCCUUGCGUCGUCGAGUAGUGAUCCUACGAUUUUAAUACGCCAUCAAAUAUUGCAUCAAGUCGAAUUUUACUUUAGUCCAGAUAACUUGGCCAAAGAUGUGUAUCUUCGUCGGCAAAUGGAUUCUGAUGGAUGGGUUGAUGUCAAUGUAAUUGCCAAGUUUAAUCGUGUGGCCUCAUUAUGUACAGAUCUUAAUGAUAUUUUGGAGGCAAUUAGAGUUAGUCCAUUAUUAGAUGUGGAUGUCCCUAAAGCUCGUGUCCGAUGCAAAAACAAUCCAUCGAUUUGGCCCCUUCCUCUUGUUUCGAAUGAAAAACUUCGAAUCAGUUCUGGGAACAAAACAGUUCUUAACCCAGAUGCUCCCGAAUUCAUCCCAUCCCAAUCGAUCGCAAACACAGAUCAAACAGAAUCAUCCCUCGAACUUGUAACAAAGUCAGGUGCUACCCCCAUCACAUCAACACAAGAAGAUUUGAACUUUUCCUUUUCAAAUGAAUUGCGUUCUGUCUACAGUAAUCUACCGCCGCAUUCUUCGGCAUCGAAACGCACCCGAUCAAGUUUUUCCGAAUGUGAUAAGUACUCUUCUAUUUAUCAUUGCCGAACAAGAACAUCAUCCACUAACUCGGAAGAUGAUUUGGACGAUUCUAUGCUUUCUUGUUUAUUGGUGAUUGCUCCAAACACAUCUCAUGAUCCUUUACCAUCUAGUUGCAGUAACUUGGAUGAUGAUUCAAGGAAUGAAAGUUCUAAACCUUCGAAAUUUCCUUCCGUUACCAACAGUUCUACCGACGAAUCUGUUGAAACUACUAUUGAUGACCUUUGCAAAGCUAUUGAAGAAUCCAAUGUCCAUACUGAAUCGAAUUUCACAGAAUCCAAUCUAGCCAACGUUAUCAAAGAAAAGGCUUCCACGUGUACAGAAAUAUUUUCUACUUCAUCCACUUCCUAUACUACAACCACAACUAUCUGUUGUAACAGUCCUCUUGUACAGCUUGAUGUACCUGUCUCUGAAGUUUCGGCGCACUCCUGCGUCCCAGUAUCAUCAAAUCCACUUUAUUCAGAAUCCUGUUUGUCAUACGUGCAUCCCUCAAUUCCUGGUCCGGUUACGUAUACUGUAAUACCGACAGCUACCGCUUUGCACCCACAGACUGGACUUAUAUUGCCGACUCUUAGUCGAAAUCCGUUUUUAGUACCCUCAACUCCAAUGUAUUACAUUCCUCAAAUUAGCGCUUUGCCUUUGGUUUCUCCAGUAGACAAUCUAUUUCCUCAAAUUCCUAUAUGUCAACCAUUACCGUCUUUCCUAAAUUAUGAUCAAAGUUAUCUAUCAUUUCCUGACAUAAAAUACGACCUUAAAGGUCGUUCUCAAAUGAGUCAACCGAUUAUACACAACCCGACAAUCCUCCGACCGCGGAAACAGAAAACUUAUCAUCCAACAAGAAGAAACAUGUUGGUUUCUUUUUCGCCCGGUUUCUGCUGCUCGUACCCAUUUAGAUGUCUCCUUGAGUGGAGGAUUCCCAGUUGCUCAUCAUCCACAUCAUCUCAGCAAAGGGGUUUCACAUUUCAUGCCUACAAUCAGUUUCGUUCCAAAUGUCUGAAAGACCGAGAAGCUAAAGGGAAAGGUCGAUCACAGGAAAUGAAUACUCUUUAUAGCUUUUGGUCAUUUUUUCUACGUGAACACUUCAAUCGAACUAUGUAUAAAGACUUUCGUAAACAUGCAUUAGACGAUGCCAAAGAGAAUGCGAGAUAUGGACUGGAGUGUUUGUUUCGAUUUUACAGUUAUGGAUUAGAACGUCAUUUUCGUAAAGCUAUUUUCAAGGAUUUUCAAGAGGAAACUCUAAAAGACUAUGAUAAUGGUCAUUUAUAUGGAUUAGAAAAAUUUUGGGCUUUUCUACAUUAUAGUCAACGCAAAGUAAAAUUGGAUACACGUUUACAGAGCUUGUUGGAUUCAAAAUAUCGUACUUUAGGAGAUUUCAGAGUGAAUUUUGAACCACCUACUGGCUUUUUUAUAAACAAAUCACGUCGUCGAACCAAAUCAGAGUCAAUAUCAACAUGUCAAACUAAACCGAUAUUAGGUAGUAGAACACCUCCUGUCGAAUUCCAUUCAAGUAGAAUAUCUUGA